UACCAAUGGUAUUGGUCAGGACUACAGAAGUAGCACAUCAUAUAGUUGAUAUGGUUACGACAAUCUUUGCUUGCCAUAUACAGUGGGAGCAUAUUGGAGAACACAGAGGUUACUUCAGUCCUUUUACAGCAUGCAUUGUGUGAGUACCAGGAGCAGUUUACCAAUCCACCUUCAGCUUUCGCUACUCGAGUCUUACCAAAAUAUGUGCACGGUUUUGUAUCUUCAUGGUAUUCAAUAACAGCAUCUUUGCUUAUAACGCAAGGUAUCAAAACAAUUAUAAAUAACAAAAAAUAUAUAAAAGUGUCCCAGCCUCCCAUAUUUGUUACUAUCGAUUUUCACAUUUUUCGGUUAUUUCCGUCAAACUACGCUUAUAUUAUCCGGAGGUUGACGGAAAUGGCCGAACAACAAAAAGCCGGAAGUAAAUUUGACACGUGACACAUUCAAAAUGGCAGCCUCCAUCAAGAAACAGAUGUGGAGAAAAUUCAAGAGGAAUUUAAACCCAUCAACUUUCUUUCGCUUCCUUUUUGACCCAAAUUUAUGUGUUCCUGUUAUGAUUUUGCUGUUCUUAGCUGAAUGCUUCGUGUCAAUAUUUGUUAUCAAUAAGAUAAAAUACACUGAAAUAGACUGGGUUGCCUACAUGCAGGAAGUGGAAGGUUUUAUAAAUGGAACUUAUGAUUAUAUGCAGUUAAAAGGGGACACUGGACCUUUAGUGUACCCGGCUGGUUUUGUGUAUAUUUUCACAGUGCUAUACUAUCUGACAGAUCAUGGAAAAGACCUCAGGGCAGCACAAUUUAUAUUUGCUGUGCUCUACCUUCUAUCGCUCUUGGUCAUAUUUGAUAUUUACAGGCGUGUUAAAAAG